AUGGUGGGAGGAGCAUCAUCAGACUCUGAAGGUUGUUCCAGAGCCGAGGAGCUGCUGAGGAGAAAGACCUGCAAACAUCUUGGUGUGGAGAUGCUGUACAGGAGUCUGCACUCAGAGAAACUCAGACUCUUCUGUCUGGACCAUCAGCAGCCAGUGUGUCUCGUCUGCAGAGAUUCAGAAAAACACACCGGCCACAAAUUCAGACCCAUCGAUGAAGCUGCACAACAACACAAGAAGCAGCUUCAGGAAACUCUGGAGCCCUUGAAGAAGAAGUUACAGUGUUUUGAACGUGUUAAAGUAGAGUUUGAAAAAACAGCAGAACACAUUAAGGUCCAGGCCGGACUCACAGAGACGCAGAUCAAGGAGCAGUUUAAAAAGCUUCAUCAGUUUCUGGAGGAGGAAGAGGAGGCCAGGAUGGCUGCACUGAGGGAGGAAGAGGAGCAGAAGAGUCGGAUGAUGAAGGAGAAGAUUGAGGCUCUGAGCAGAGACAUAACGUCUCUUUCAGACACAAUCAGAACCACAGAGGACGAGCUGAGAGCUGAAGACGUCUCGUUCCUGCUCAACUACAAGGCUGCAGUGGAACGAGUCCAGCAGCGCCCCCUGCUGGAUGAUCCACAGCUGGCCUCAGGAGCUCUGAUAGACAAGGCCAAACAUCUGGGCAACCUGAGCUUCAACAUCUGGAACAAGAUGAAGGACAUGGUCUCCUACAGUCCUGUGGUUCUGGACCCAAACUCUGCUUAUCCAGGACUCGUCCUGUCUGAAGAUCUGACCAGUUUGAGACUAGGAGAGAGACAGAAGCUUCCUGACAAUCCAGAGAGGUUUGAUUAUUACCCCUCAGUCCUGGGAUCUAAGGGUUUUAACUCAGGGACUCACAGCUGGGACGUCCUGGUUGGAGACAGUACACACUGGGUCCUGGGUGUGGCAGCAGAGUCUGACCAGAGGAAGGGAAAGAAACUGUCAGAUGAAGAGUCUGAAUCAUGGGAAAUACAGCUCUAUGAAGGUAAAUACUCAGCAUGGUCACCAUCAGGAUCAUCUGUUCUCUCUGUGCAGAAGAUCCAGAGGAUCAGAGUGAACCUGGACUGGAACAGAGGAGAACUUUCGUUCUAUGAUCCUGAUACUAACAAACACAUUCACACCUUUUCACACACUUUCACUCAAAAGAUGUUUCCAUACUUUAGCAAUGCACAUUAUGAUCAUCCAGUGAAGCUGUUACCUGUUCAUGGGUCAAUGUAG